GUGGUCAUGGAUGAUUUGAAAACGCCGAACCGAUUAUUCCACAAGUCUUCUUUCAGUAUCAGCAACCUGUUGUGGAGAAGAGAAGGGGUGAUUGGUGACCAGGAGCUUCCUUCUUCUCCGUCCCAGAUAUUGCGCACGACUCACCCUGAGAGAAAAACUCUAGAGGGAAACUUUGACAACGAAAAAAGCUGUGAAAAGUCAAGACGGUGCACUAAAGCGGACGUUAAACCAGUGGCUGUAAAGCGUGAGGAAAAUGGCGAAUCAAAGAAAGCCGAGGGAGCAGAAGAAGGCGUUAAACCCGAGAAACCUCCUUUUAGUUACAACGCUCUCAUCAUGAUGGCGAUCCGCCAAAGCCCGGAUCGACGGCUCACACUUAAUGGUAUCUACGAGUUUAUCAUGGACAACUUUCCAUACUACAGACAGAAUAGACAAGGAUGGCAAAAUUCAAUCAGACACAACCUGAGUCUGAACAAGUGUUUUGUUAAAGUGCCGCGUCACUACGACGAUCCGGGAAAGGGCAACUACUGGAUGUUGGACCCCUGCAGUGAUGAUGUAUUCAUAGGGGGCACGUCGGGGAAACUCCGGCGCAGGACCACCGCAAACUCUAGGACCAAACUUGGUCUGAAAAGAGGAGCGGGUCGACUCAUGUCUUCCAACACAGCAACCAGCGUCACCUUAGCUGCAGCAAGUUCGUUUUACUGGCCAGUGCCUCCAUUUCUACCUCUCCAAACACCAGUGCGCGCCCACCUUGGUGCUGGGACUUACUUAACUGCUCAUCCCCGCUUCUCCAACCACGCAACUUCAGUUGUGUCCCAACGGGCCCGGCUGAGCGCGAGCGCCGCGGACGCCGCUGAACGAUUUGUGCAGACACACCAAGAGAUGUCUUACAUCGGAGUCAGCUGCGCGCAAUCCCGCCGCCAUCAGAUCGGCGCUGCCUGCACCGCCUUCUCCACGUCCAUCCCCGCGUGCACCCUGCCGCUGCCGGACCCGUGCUCUUUCAACAUGAUCUCUGGUCAAGCCAGCUACUUUUACUCUCACCAAAUACCACGUGCCGCCGCGUUUAGUCCGUGUCAAGAGGAAUGCGCCAGUUCCAAGACGUCACCCGGACAGUUUUUCCCCAGAAGCAGUCAUUCGGACCUCGGGGGAUGUUGUAAUGACUUUCCUAAUUACUGCCCUCAAGUUAGUUCAAGCCCUCCUUCUUGGAAUAUAGAAAAAUAGAUUACUGCCGAUAAGACCAUUGCUCGUUUUAAUUUUAGAAAUAAAACUGAACAAAAGACCGAAAGAUUCUGCUUAUCUAGUAAAUGAUACAAUUCUUGUAACAUCAUAAUUCCCUAUGUUGAACUUGAACACUGAAAUGUAUAAUAUUGCUGCACUUGCAGGAUCUCAACUAAAUAUGUGUUGUUUGUUUGAAAUAAAAAAGGAAGAGAGAAACAUGGGAAACUAAUGUGCUUCUCAUGCUCUGCAGAAGAUGUAAAAAUAUGUUUUAGGCUAUAAGGCUAGUUAUUUUAAGACAUAGCUUUUCAGUGUUCAUGGUCCAUAUCUUUAGGUUAGAUUUAUAUUUUUUAUUUUCCCGCAAAACAGGAUUAGUUUGUAAUGUUUACUUUUGUGCUAACCAGUUUGGAAAAGUCACAGAUUGCGCACGCUGUUAUUUUAAACUUGGUGCCAUUUCAAAAGGGAAAAUAGGGAAAAUAAAUAUAUAAAAACUUAAAUUAUUGCUUGGUCUGAUGCUUUUUAACCAGC